AUUCGUUAAUGAUUGAAAAAAAAAUUAAGGUGAAUUUUCUUUAUAUAAAGUUAUCUUUGUGUCAGUUAAAAUGAAGUUCAAACACUGAAGACAGUAGCCUUAGCCAGUUUUCCAUGUCUCUUGUUCAUAGAGUUGAAGAAACAGGAAAUCAUUGUACAGUUAGAGAAAAGACAUGAAAAGACAUGAGACAUAAAGGGUGCUAAACAUGUUGCUGUUAGAAGAAGAACGGCUUCUUCACUCUACUUUCUGGUACAAGUAACUGGUUUUGCAAGUUGAAACUCAAAAAAUUUUGGUUGUGAUUGAAAAGAUAAACUAGAUGCAAGAUGGAAUUUUCUGACUAUACCCAAAUUUUGUUCAAUAGGAUCAAGAAAAUUGAACCUGAAAAUGUCUCAAAGAUUAUAGGGUAUCUUCUUUUGCAAGAUCAUGGUGACCAAGAAAUUGUUCAGUUGGCUAUGUGUCCUGAUAUGGUUAUUCAGGAAGUAGUUUACAAAGCCAAGGUUGAACUGCAACAGCUAGCGCUUAAAUCUGGAUCACCUCCUAUAUCGCCUUCGAUGAACUCGGCCCCUGGUUCUGAAUUGCCCUCACAGUUCGCUUCUUUUUCACCACCUGUCUCCUCCAGGCCUUUCUUGUCUCCCAGAAGCCUCCAGGUCACAUCUCCCUACUGGGAGCAACAACUAGCUGCCAAGCAUAACUCCGAUUUUAUGCCUUCGGGUUACUUGGAUUCUGUAUCUGAUCUGCAGACUCAAACUCAGUUCUUGAGCCUGGAGGACCAAAUGGAGUCUGUGAACUUGGGAAAUGGUGGAUUUUCAAAUGAUUAUUGUUACUCAGAUGCUGCAUUGGGUAAUCUUGGUGUAAGAGCAGGACGUCGACAUCAGAACCUGCCUGACUUUCCAGUUAAGACUUGUCAUUAUUUCAACAAAGGGUACUGUAAGCAUGGAAGUAAUUGUAGGUACUUCCAUGGUCAAGUCUCGGAUACCUUCCCUCAAAUGUUUGGCCACAAUUCAAUGGAUGCUGUUAAUGAAGAUCCUGUUAUGUCACUUGAGAAGUUAGAGCUGGAAUUAGUAGAGCUCUUGAAAACAAGGAGAGGGGAGCCCGUUUCAAUUGCAUCUCUCCCUUUGUUAUACUAUGAGAAAUAUGGUAAAGUUCUGCAGGCAGAUGGUUAUCUCACUGAGAGUCAGAGGCAUGGCAAAGCAGGCUACAGUUUAACAAAGCUUCUCGCUAGAUUGAAAAAUAGUAUUCGAGUAAUUGACAGACCUCACGGACAGCAUUCAGUCAUUUUGGCUGAAGAUGCCCACAAGUACAUGGAAAAUCGAAAUGAUAGAAAUGAUCCUGGUCCAAUUGUCAGUGGAUCACGUCAGAUAUAUCUUACAUUCCCAGCUGAGAGUACCUUUAGUGAAGACGAUGUGUCCAACUAUUUCAGCAAUUAUGGACAAGUUGAAGAUGUAAGGAUCCCCUGCCAACAGAAACGGAUGUUUGGGUUCGUAACCUUUGUCAGUGCAGAUACGGUGAAGAUGAUUUUGGCAAAAGGAAAUCCACAUUAUGUAUGUGGGGCUCGAGUUCUUGUGAAACCUUACAGGGAAAAAUCAAAGCUGGUUGACAGGAAGUACCAGGACAGAAUUGAGUCUCCAAUGUAUUAUUCUCCACACUAUAUAGAGAUGGAAUCUGAGCUUCACUCAAUUCCAAGGGGUUAUGCAACGUCUAGGUUGUUCAGGAAGCAGUUUAUAGAAGAUCCAGAACAAAUCUUUCAACUCGAGAGGAGGCGCCCUACGGAGAUGCAUUUGGCACAGAAGCCUCUGUCCCAUCAGUCCUUCUUUGGCUACAACAUGGAUGGGUUAAAAGUCCCAGAAGAUCAACUCAAUUUCCCCUCAACUGAAUUCAAUUAUCUGUUGGAAGCUCUCAACACCAGCACUGCAUCUGAUGAAAAAAUCAAGCAUAUAGAGACUAAAAACAAUGACCAGGACAGUGAAGGACUUAAUCUGCCAGAUAGCCCAUUUGCUUCUGCUAUAGCUAGCGGCAUUUCUACAGUCAUUUAGGCCGAGCAAAUACACAGAAUAGAGUUACUUAAAGUACCAGUUCGAUGCUGACGUCUCCAAAUACAUAAACAAGCUCUUUUUCAUUUUCCCUUGUUCGUUUUUUCAAGUCUCCUGCAAGUACAUACUACCCUAAGAAAUCCUGAUGGAAGGAUCUCCCCUCUGUUACUUGAUUUGAAGCCAAAAAACAAGACGAUAUGAUACAUAGAAGUAUAUAUAAGGUUCUACACUUUUUUGAUGUUAAUCACAGGAAGAAGGCAAGAGGUAUGGAUCUUUAGAAGAGGAUGUAAUAUAGGUCUUUUUAGGUGAACAAAGAAAUAGAACAGUGUUCAGAGAAUUUCAAAUCACUGUAACACUGAGCAAUAGAUUGAAAUAACGUUAACCAAAGUUAGAACUUGACAAUCUAUACUAAGUGUGUCUCUAGUUUCAUCCUGUUUCAUUUUAUACAUACAUCAUUUUCGUCUCUCAUUCUCUUCUAUGCAGCAUCUGCAGUAAAAAUCCGGCAUUUUAUCAUCAGAUCAUGUACUGAUGGCACACAGGACUUAAUAUUUCAGUUUGCAUGGUGUUAUU